GUCUCGUUCACCGUAGGGGCGGGGCGGCCUGCUACACAUGCGCACCGUCGGGCGGGCCUUCUUCCUUCUCGCCGAACGCCGCCAACAUGGUGUUCAGGCGCUUCGUGGAGGUUGGCCGAGUGGCCUACGUCUCCUUUGGACCUCAUGCCGGCAAGCUGGUCGCAAUUGUAGAUGUUAUUGAUCAGAACAGGGCUUUAGUGGAUGGACCCUGCACUCAAGUAAGGAGACAGGCUAUGCCUUUCAAAUGCAUGCAGCUCACCGACUUCAUCCUCAAGUUCCCACACAGUGCUCGCCAGAAGUAUGUCCGAAAAGCCUGGGAGAAGGCAGAUAUUAAUGCAAAGUGGGCAGCCACAAGGUGGGCCAAGAAGAUUGAAGCCAGAGAAAAGAAAGCCAAGAUGACAGAUUUUGAUCGUUAUAAAGUCAUGAAGGCAAGGAAAAUGAGGAACCGACUAAUCAAGCUUGAAGUUAAGAAACUUCAAAAGGCAGCUCUCCUGAAAGCUUCUCCCAAGAAAGCACUUGCUAAGGGGGCAGCUGCAGCAGCUGCUGCCGCUGCUGCCAAGGUUCCAGUAAAAAAGAUCACCACUGCAGGCAAGAAGGCUCCAGCCCAGAAGGCUCCUGUCCAGAAAGCUGCAGGCCAGAAGGCUGCACCUCCUCCAAAAGCUCAGAAGGUUCAGAAACCUCCAGCCCAGAAAGCACCUGCUCCAAAAGCAUCUGGCAAGAAAGCAUGAGAGCAUAAAAGGCUAUUAUAAACGUAAUAAAAGUUUUUUUUGACAUGCUGGCAAAUCUA